UGCACACCGGCAGCGAACGGCCAGAAACAGAGCACCCCGUUAAGAGCCCCCUCCCCUGCAUUGCCCUAGGAAGUAGCUAAGCUAUUCUUGCAGAACCCACGCGCGCUCAAUGAUGGCCCGGCGUAGCCACCUCCUCCUCCCCUGCCUCCUCGCCGCGGCGGCGGUUCUCUGCGAUGCGCACUCGAAGCUCGCCAAGAAGAGCAACGACGUCGUCAACGGCCCCCUCCUCACCACCAAGAUCGACGCCAAGCGCACCCUGAUCGUUGGCCCCAACGACGAGUUCAAGACCAUCCAGUCCGCCAUCGACGCCGUGCCUGAAGGGAACACCGAGUGGGUCAUCGUCCACAUCCGCUCCGGCGUCUACACGGAGAAAGUUGUGAUCCAGGAGACAAAGCCGUUCAUCUUCGUCAGGGGCAACGGCAAGGGCCGGACCUCAAUCUCCUUCGAGUCGGCCUCCCCGCACAACGCCGAGUCCGCCACGUUCGCCGUGCACGCGGACAACGUCAUCGUCUUCGGCCUUAGCUUCAGGAAUGCGGCGCGCGCGGGGCUGCCGAACAGCCCGGAGAUCCGCACGGUGGCGGCCAUGGUCGGCGGCGACAAGGUGGCCUUCUACCACUGCGCCUUCUACAGCCCCCACCACACCCUCUUCGACCAGGCCGGCCGCCACUACUACGAGAGCUGCUACAUCCAGGGCAACAUCGACUUCAUCUUCGGCGGCGGCCAGUCCAUAUUCCAGUGCGCGGAGAUCUUCGUGAAGCCCGACCGGCGGACGGAGAUCCUGGGUUCCAUCACGGCGAGCGAUCGCAAGGAGGAGAGCGCCGGCGGCGGCUUCGUGUUCCUCAAGGGCAAGGUGUACGGCGUCGGGGAGGUCUACCUCGGCCGCGCCAACGAGGCCUACUCGCGCGUCGUCUUCGCCGACACCUACCUCUCCAAGACCAUCAACCCGGCCGGCUGGACGGACUACGGAUACACAGGCAGCAAAGACAAUUUGAUGCUCGGGGAGUUCAACUGCACCGGGCCGGGCGCCGACGCGUCGAAGCGCGUGCCGUGGUCGCGGCAGCUCAGCCCGGCGGACGCGGCCAAGUUCCUCACCGUCGACUUCAUCGACGGCAAGGACUGGCUCCCGGCCUUCUACUACUGAUCGACCGGACUGAAAAUCACAUGAUACAGUAGUACAUACUUUUGCGUGCUCUGGGAACUUGUACACUUGUUGCUUGAUACUCCUUGUUGUAAUGUGUCUUCCCUUACCUCCGUGAUGUGUAAAAUCUAAUUGAGCCUCAACGAUGGAUCUCUUGUAAUAGGACCUGACAGGUUUGCUGUUUCCGAACUCUAACUUGCGAGUGUUAA